UAUAAAUUUAUAUGCUUCUAUAUAUAUUUAAUAUAAGUUAACAUAAUGUAAUAUAAAUGGAUUGAAAAAAUUAAAAUUAUAUUUUACUGCUGUAUCUUUUUCCAGUGGUUAGCUAAAGUCUUAACUGUUUGAAUUCCUUAAUCCUUAAUUACAUAGCAGCCCUACUUUGGUUUUUAGGAAAGUUGAGCCUGCAUUUCUAGGAUCCAUGACCAUUUUAAGAUAGCCAUUUAGCACAGUAAAAAUUUUAUAAUUAGUAUGAUUUUUAUAGUAAUGCUUUUUACAAAUCUUUGAAUACUUGUGUGUGUGUGUGUGUGUAUAAAUGUUUAUUGGAAUUAAUGUUGCUGUAGUGUUGUGCAUGCGUGUGCAUGCGUGUGUGUACGUGUGUGUUAGUGGGCAUUGAACUCAGGGCCUUGUACAUGCUAGGAAAGCACUUUGUCACCAAGCUACAUUCCCAGCCCUUUUUCAGUUUUAUUUUAAGAUAGAUUCUCACUAAGUUGUCCAGGCUAUCUUUGAACUUGUGAUCCUCCUGUCUCAGCUUCCUGAGAAGGGAUUAACGGUGUGCAUCACCGUGCCUGACAAUGAUGAUUUUUAUUUUAGGUGAUAAACUAUAAAAUAGGCAUUGGUCUCUUAAGAAAUACCUGCCUUCUUUAUAUGUUUGCAAUAAGUAUCACUUUGUUAUCUUAUUCUUUUUAGAUAUGAUUGUCAUUUCUUUGCUCCUAAAUUUAGAGUACAUGGAAAAUUAUUCUUUACUCUGAAUGUUUAAGCAACUUAGUAUAUUUCAUAAGUCUGAAUUUAUUGUAGGCUUCUAAUAGAAAAACUAUGUCCUUUUUUUUAAGAGAGAGAGAGAGAGAGAGAGAGAGAGAGAGAGAGAGAGAGAGAAUGAAUAUGAAUCUUUUUUGUAGAUGGACACAACAUGAUGCCUUUAUUUUAUUUUAUUUUUUUAAUGUGGUGCUGAGAAUCGAACCCAGGUCCUGCCCAUGCUAGGCGAGCACUCUACUGCUGAGCCACAAUCCCAGCUCGAAAAACUAUGUUCUUAAAUUAACAUAUUACAGUUUUUAUUUUUGUUGUUUGGGUGUGGGUGUGUGUAUGUUACUGGGGAUUAAACCCAGGGGCGCUCUACCACUGAGCUACAUUCCCAGCUGUUUUUAUUUGAAACUGACUUUCUAAGUUGCUCAGGCUAGCCUUGUACUUGCAAACCAGAAUUAUCUCAACGUUAUCCAUGGUGUGGUUGACUCUGAGGACCUGCCUCUGAACAUCUCCCAAGAAAAUGCUCCAGCAGAGCAAAAUCUUGAAAGUCAUUCACAAAGACAUUGUUAAAAUUUGCCUUGAGCUUUUUUCUGAGCUGGCACAAAAUAAAGAAAACUACAGGGAAAAAAAUGUCAGAGGCAUUCUCUUAAACUCUCUAAAACCUGGAAGCUCUGAGGACGCCCAAUAACUACUGAUGCCUUUCUGAGCUGCUUGACUAUCAUACCUCCCAGUCUGGAGAAGCCCGCAGAAGCCACGGAGGACGAAGAAAGAAGGAGAAAGAUCGAAAUCGGCCGAGCGCUGCUUGCCGAGUUUCGACAAAGAAGAGCUCGAUUGGAUGGACAAAACCCUCAUAAGAAGCCAAAAAAGAAGAAAACCUCAAGCAGUAAAAAUGAUGUUCAUGGCUUGAAUAUUGAUCAACCAAAGAGUGAGGAGAUGUUGAUAAAUAGUUCUCAGGGUGUUGGAUCAGCCGUGAUGCCUGAAUCCACAAUAAUGAGAACUCUAAACAAUGAAGAAAUGCUUAAGCAUGAGCAGGUCUUUUCUUUUGAUCCGGAAAGUGAGAUUUCAACCACAGCAGAUGAUUACACUUCGGAGAAGCCCGCAGAAGCCACGGAGGACGAAGAAAGAAGGAGAAAGAUCGAAAUCGGCCGAGCGCUGGUAGGAGAGCCGGGGACCGCCGGGCCAGAGCUUGCCGAGUUUCGACAAAGAAGAGCUCGAUUGGAUGGACAAAACCCUCAUAAGAAGCCAAAAAAGAAGAAAACCUCAAGCAGUAAAAAUGAUGUUCAUGGCUUGAAUAUUGAUCAACCAAAGAGUGAGGAGAUGUUGAUAAAUAGUUCUCAGGGUGUUGGAUCAGCCGUGAUGCCUGAAUCCACAAUAAUGAGAACUCUAAACAAUGAAGAAAUGCUUAAGCAUGAGCAGGUCUUUUCUUUUGAUCCGGAAAGUGAGAUUUCAACCACAGCAGAUGAUUACACUUCGGAGAAGCCCGCAGAAGCCACGGAGGACGAAGAAAGAAGGAGAAAGAUCGAAAUCGGCCGAGCGCUGGUAGGAGAGCCGGGGACCGCCGGGCCAGAGCUUGCCGAGUUUCGACAAAGAAGAGCUCGAUUGGAUGGACAAAACCCUCAUAAGAAGCCAAAAAAGAAGAAAACCUCAAGCAGUAAAAAUGAUGUUCAUGGCUUGAAUAUUGAUCAACCAAAGAGUGAGGAGAUGUUGAUAAAUAGUUCUCAGGGUGUUGGAUCAGCCGUGAUGCCUGAAUCCACAAUAAUGAGAACUCUAAACAAUGAAGAAAUGCUUAAGCAUGAGCAGGUCUUUUCUUUUGAUCCGGAAAGUGAGAUUUCAACCACAGCAGAUGAUUACACUUCGGAGAAGCCCGCAGAAGCCACGGAGGACGAAGAAAGAAGGAGAAAGAUCGAAAUCGGCCGAGCGCUGGUAGGAGAGCCGGGGACCGCCGGGCCAGAGCUUGCCGAGUUUCGACAAAGAAGAGCUCGAUUGGAUGGACAAAACCCUCAUAAGAAGCCAAAAAAGAAGAAAACCUCAAGCAGUAAAAAUGAUGUUCAUGGCUUGAAUAUUGAUCAACCAAAGAGUGAGGAGAUGUUGAUAAAUAGUUCUCAGGGUGUUGGAUCAGCCGUGAUGCCUGAAUCCACAAUAAUGAGAACUCUAAACAAUGAAGAAAUGCUUAAGCAUGAGCAGGUCUUUUCUUUUGAUCCGGAAAGUGAGAUUUCAACCACAGCAGAUGAUUACACUUCGGAGAAGCCCGCAGAAGCCACGGAGGACGAAGAAAGAAGGAGAAAGAUCGAAAUCGGCCGAGCGCUGGUAGGAGAGCCGGGGACCGCCGGGCCAGAGCUUGCCGAGUUUCGACAAAGAAGAGCUCGAUUGGAUGGACAAAACCCUCAUAAGAAGCCAAAAAAGAAGAAAACCUCAAGCAGUAAAAAUGAUGUUCAUGGCUUGAAUAUUGAUCAACCAAAGAGUGAGGAGAUGUUGAUAAAUAGUUCUCAGGGUGUUGGAUCAGCCGUGAUGCCUGAAUCCACAAUAAUGAGAACUCUAAACAAUGAAGAAAUGCUUAAGCAUGAGCAGGUCUUUUCUUUUGAUCCGGAAAGUGAGAUUUCAACCACAGCAGAUGAUUACACUUCGGAGAAGCCCGCAGAAGCCACGGAGGACGAAGAAAGAAGGAGAAAGAUCGAAAUCGGCCGAGCGCUGGUAGGAGAGCCGGGGACCGCCGGGCCAGAGCUUGCCGAGUUUCGACAAAGAAGAGCUCGAUUGGAUGGACAAAACCCUCAUAAGAAGCCAAAAAAGAAGAAAACCUCAAGCAGUAAAAAUGAUGUUCAUGGCUUGAAUAUUGAUCAACCAAAGAGUGAGGAGAUGUUGAUAAAUAGUUCUCAGGGUGUUGGAUCAGCCGUGAUGCCUGAAUCCACAAUAAUGAGAACUCUAAACAAUGAAGAAAUGCUUAAGCAUGAGCAGGUCUUUUCUUUUGAUCCGGAAAGUGAGAUUUCAACCACAGCAGAUGAUUACACUUCGGAGGUAAAUGACUGCUGUAAUGUGGUGAAAACAGGAAAGCCUACCAAUUUAUUAAUGGAAGAAGAAUUUGGUGUCGUUGAUUCUUAUUCUGAACAAGGCGCACACUAUAGUGAGACUCGCCUAGAGUUGAUAGAAAACGAAUCAGUUGGGAAACCUGAACAUGAGCCCGAAGAACUGAACAGAGAACUGGAAGAAAUGAGGGCCACUUAUGGGACUGAAGGAUUGCAUCAGUUACAGGCUAGUGAAACUCUACGAAACAGCACUCACAGUAACACAGCUGCAGAUUUACUGCAAGCCAAACAACAGAUUCUCACUCAUCAACAACAGCUUGAAGAAAAAGACCAUCUAUUAGAAGAUUAUCAAAAAAAGAAAGAAGACUUCAAAAUGCAAAUUAAUUUCUUACAGGAGAAAAUUAAAGUAUAUGAAAUGGAACAAGAUGAAGUAGAAAAGUCAAAUAAAAAAGAAUUACAGGAAAAGGAGACAAUCAUCCAGGCGUUAAAUAUAAGAAUAAUAGAAGAAAAAAAGAAUCUUGAGCUAAAAGAUCAAGUCACAGCCACUGAAAAAUUAAUGAGAGAAUUACAAGAACAAAUUGCAAGUAUGAAAUUAGAGCUGGCUAAUUCUAAGCACAAAGAAAAACAAUUUUCUGAAGAAAUAAAACAGUUUAUGGGUACAGUUGAAGACCUUCAGAAAAGACAUCAUUACACAGAUAGCCAGUUUGAAUCUGAUGUACAGAGAAUGGUGGAACAAGAAAUGCAGAAAAGAUUAGAACAACUCCAAGCAAAGAUGGAUGAAAUGUAUGGGCAACAGAUAGUACAGAUGAAACAAGAGUUAAUAAAGCAACACAUGUCACAGAUAGAGGAACUUAAAGCACAACGUAAGGAGGAAAUUGAGAGUGUUUUAAAAUCACAUUUAAAUAUUACAAUUAAUGAAGAUCAAAUAAAGUUAAUGAACGUGGCAAUAAAUGAACUGAAUAUGAAAUUACAAGAUACUAACGCUCAAAAGGAAAAACUCCAAGAAGAACUAGGAAUAGUUUCAGGAGAAAAAUCUACUCUGCAGAGACGACUUGAUGACCUUUUUGAAGAAUUGAACUUUUUAAGGGACCAAAUUCAGAGAGCUAGAAUGAUAAUAGCUGAACAAGAAAGUCAACUGAAUGAAGCACAUAAGUCCCUUAGUAUAGUGGAAGCUUUAAAAGCUGAGAUUGUUCUGGCAUCUGAAUCUAGGAAAGAACUAGAGUUAAAACAUGAAGCAGAAGUUACAAAUAACAAGCUAAAACUUGAAAUGUUGGAAAAAGAAAAAAAUGCUGUAUUAGACAGAAUGGCUGAAUCACAAGAAGCUGAAUUAGAGAGGCUGAGAACACAGCUUCUAUUUAGUCAUGAAGAAGAACUUUCAAAACUAAAAGAAGAUUUAGAAGUUGAACAUCGAAUAAAUAUUGAAAAACUUAAAGAUAGCUUAGGCAUUCACUAUAAACAGCAGAUAUAUGGCUUACAAAAUGAAAUGAGUCAAAAGAUAGAAACAAUGCAAUUUGAAAAAGACAAUUUGAUAACUAAGCAGAAUCAGUUGGUUUUGGAAAUUUCAAAACUAAAAGAUUUACAGAAGUCCACCAUGGAUUCAAAAUCAGAAGAAAUGACCCUUCAGAUGCAUGAACUCCAAGAGGAAAUCGAAAUAUUAAGACAAGAAAAAAAAGAAAAAGGUACGCUUGAACAAGAAGUUCAGGAAUUACAACUUAAAAUUGAAUUAUUGGAGAAAGAAAUAAAGGAAAAAGAGGAUGACCUUAAAGAAAAGUUUUCACAACUUGAAGCAGAAAAUAACAUUCUUAAAAAUGAGAAAAAAGCUAUUGAGGACAUGUUGAAAAUUUAUGUUCCUGCUGAACAAGAAGAAAAAAUGAUUUUCAUUGACUCCAGCAAGUCCAUAUCCAAAGAUUGUAGCUGGCAAAAAGAAAUGGAAAUGCUUACAAAAGAGAAUGAGGCCCUCAAGCAACAGUGUAUUCAGCUAAAUGAAGAAAUUGAAAAGCAAAGAAGUACAUUUUCAUUUGCUGAAAAAAAUUUUGAAGUUAACUAUCAAGAGUUACAGGAGGAGUAUACUUGCCUUCUCAAGGUAAAAGAUGAUUUAGAAGACAGUAAAAACAAACAAGAAUUAGAGUAUAAAAGUAAACUUAAAGCACUUAAUGAAGAGCUUCAUUUACAAAGAAUAAAUCCAGCUACAAUCAAAGUGAAAAGUGCCAUGCUUGAUACUGACAAAGCUUUUGUCGCAGAGCCAUUAGAAAUCUGUGAAGUUGUUGAGAAAGAUACAACAGAACUUAUGGAAAACCUUGAGGUAACCAAGCGAGAAAAGCUAGAAUUGUCAGAGAAAAUGUCUGAUCUCUCUGAACAAUUAAAACAGAAACAUGGUGAGGUUGAUUUUCUCAGUGAAGAAGUCAAAUCUUUAAAGCAAGAAAAAGAGAAAAUUCUAUUGAGAUGUCAAGAGCUAGAACUCCUAAUUAACCAUCAUAGAGCAGAAAAUAUAAACAUGUGUGAUGUUCAUUUAAGCUCUUUACAAGAUGGAAUAGUAACUAUUAUAAGCAAGGAUUCUCAAGGAUCAUUAUCUAAUGUAGGUGAAGAUUUUGGAGAAGAAUCAAAAACAGUAGUGGAAGAGAAAAUUUCUUUUGAAAAUGUGGCUAUUAGAAGAGAAAGCAAGCAAGAACAGUUAUUUUCACCAUCAGUAACAAAUGAAUGCUCACCUGGGACAGAUCAAUCAAGUGAAAAUGAUAAACUACAUCAGGAACUUUAUGUACUUAAAUCAGAACAGGAGCAAGCCAUUGACAGAGAACGCGAGAGAGAUUUGUUCCAACAAGAAAUACAGAAGUUAGAACAACAACUUAAGGUUGUGCCUCGAAUCCAGCCUGUCGGUGAACAUCAAACUAGAGAGGUUGAACAGUUAACAAAUGAUCUAAAAGAAAAAACAGACAAGUGCAGUGAGCUGCUUCUAUCAAAAGAACAGCUUCAGAGAGAUGUACAAGAGAGGAAUGAAGAAAUUGAAAGGCUAGAGUUCAGAGUGAGAGAACUGGAACAAGCCUUACUUGUUAGCACAGACAAUUUUCAAAAGGUAGAGGACCAGAAACAAUUUGGAGCCUUACAAGCUAAAGCAGAAUUGUCUCUAGAAGUGCAACUGCAAGCUGAGCGAGAUGCUAUCGACAGAAAAGAGAAAGAGAUAACAAACUUAGAAGAACAACUAGAGCAAUUUAGAGAUGAGCUUGAAAAUAAAAAUGAAGAAGUUCAGCAACUACAUAUGCAAUUGGAAAUACAGAAAAAGGAAUCCACUACCUGUCUACAGGAACUUGAACAAGAAAAUAAGUUAUUCAAGGAUGAAAUGGAGAAAUUGAGAUUUGCCAUAAAGGAUCCUGAGGCUAUCUCUACUCAUGACCAGCAUAUGCUAUUUGGGAAAUUUGCUCAAAUAAUACAGGAAAAAGAGGUAGAAAUUGAUCGAUUAAAUGAGCAAAUUAGAGACUUUCAUCAACAACUUAGACUUACAACAGAUAACAAGGAUUUUGAAGAAAAAAAUGAACUGAUAAGGGAUCUUGAAGCCCAAAUAGAAUGUCGGAAGAGUGGUCAAGAACGUUUGAAGAAAAAUAGAGAAGAAGAAACAGACAAGCUCAAUGAAGUGAUUGAAAAACUUCAGGAGCAAUUGUCAUAUAUUGAACAGAAUAUGUUGGUGGAUACCAGUUCCCCCUCAGAACAAGAGGACAGCUUGAAACAUCAGUUGGAAAAGGUUAUAGCUGAAAAGCUGGCUUUGGAACAGCAAGUAGAAAUCACUAAUGAAGAAAUGGCCUUCACAAAAAAUAUACUUAAAGAAACCAAUUUUCAAAUGGAUCAGCUAACACAAGAAUUAGUCAACUUGAAGAGAGAACAUGACCAUAAGGAAAAAAUCCAAAGUGUACCAGACGAAAGUGUUAGCAUGACUAUAGAUGAUCUCAGCAAAGACCAACCCGAACUGGAAGUAAUCCAUAUUGAAGAUGUUCUUAAACCCCCUGAGAACAAGAUGUAUCUCAGAUCUUUUGAAGAAAGCACCAAAGUUUCCAGAAAUUUGGAAACAAAACUGCUACAGCUUGAGAGCUCUGUUAGCGCAAAGGACUUAGAACUUAUCCAGUGUUAUAAACAAAUAGAAGACAUAAAAGAACAAGGCCAAUCUGAAACAGAAAUGCUUCAGAAGAAGAUCGUAAACCUACAGAAAGUACUUGAGGAGAAAGUAGCUGCUGCUCUUGUAAGUCAAGUCCAACUUGAGGCAGUUCAGGAAUAUGAGAAAUUCUAUCAAGAUAAAGGAGUAGCUUCAUCAGAACUUGAAAAGGAAAAUAUGCAGAAUUUAAAUCAAAUAACAGAAAACAAGAUGGAGUCAGAUAUGUCUGCAUUAACCUUGAGAAUAUCAGACUUAGAAAGACAAGUGAUUGAAAUGCAUACUACUUUGAUUUCAGAAAAAGAACAAGUGGAAACUGCAGAGAAAAAUGCUUUGGAAAAAGAAAAGAAGCUGAUAGAACUGCAGAAGUUAUUGGAGGACAGUGAGAAAAAAAUAGAAGGAAAAGAAAGGAAAAGAAGCCCUCAUGGAGAUUUUGUUCUCAAGACAGCUACUGAGUUAAUAAAUGCCCGUGGAGAAAGUGGAUUUUUUGAAGAACUUGAGGCUCUUAAAAUCGAGUUAGUGGCUACCAAAGAAGAACUUGCCACUUUCAAAGAAAGGACAGAAAAACUUCAAAAAGAGCUUUUGGUAAAAGAGACAAAUAUGGCAUCUCUUCAGAGAGAUUUAAGCCAAGUUAAGAAUCAGCUUGGUGAGGAAAAAAAGAAAUUAUCCCACUUCUUAAUAAAAGAGGAUAAGUCUGAAGUACUAACAAACAGAAACAUCUGCUUAGAGCCACUUCCUGUUGAAGUAGGUAAAAACACUGCAUCCCAAACGGACCAAAUACUCAAGGUCAACAUGAGCAACCAGACUCCACAAAUUCUUGUUAAAAAUGCAGGAAUUCAAAUUGAUGUACAGACUAGCUGUUCCUCAGAAAAAGUCUCUGAAAUAAUUAGGCAAUUUACUGAAAUAAUUGAACGCAUACAAGAACUUCAUGCCGCUGAAAUUUUGGAUAUGGAAUCCAGACAUAUUUCAGAAACUCAAACUUUAAAGAGGGAACAUUAUGUUGCUGUUGAGUUACUGACAGAGGAGUGUGGUACAUUGAAGGCAGUGAUACAGUGUCUGAGAUCUUUUAAAGAGGGAUCCUUGAUUCCUGAAAUAACGUAUUCUAAUGCUUACCAAACUAGAGGAAUCUAUUCCAGUGAUUCUGGAUCAGACUGGAGUCAGGGAGUUUAUCUUACGCAAAAUCAGGGAUUUGACACAGCAUCAGAAGGACGAGGAGAAGAAGGUGAAAAUUUAACACAAUCAUUUCCAAAGAAAAUAAAGGGAUUACUGAGAGCUGUUUAUAAUGAGUGCAUGCAGGUGCUUUCUCUCACUGAGUCACCAUGUGGUAAUAGAGAAGAUCAUUCUAUUCAACAGGUUUCAGAAUUUUGGCUAAAAGAGAGAAGAGCUUACCUUAAUAUCAUCUCAUCUCUUAAGGAAUUAAUUACCAAAAUACAAGUGCAAAGGGAAUCUGAGGUUUGUGAUAAUUCUCAAUCUCAUGAGAGCCUCCCGGACUGGCGAGGGGAAUUUCUACUUGCUCUCCAACAUGUUUUCUUAAAGGAGCACAAUGUUUUGCUGGCUGCAUUUCAGACUGAACUGACAGCUCUAGGCACUAAAGAUGCAGUUGGAUUAUUAAAGUGUUUGGAACAGCGAAUACAAGAACAGGGUAUUGAAUAUCGAGCAGCUAUGGAAUAUCUCCAAAAAAUAGACAGAAGAAGCUUAUUGUCUGAAAUUGAAGUACUACGUGCUCAAAUUAAUGACAAGAAAAUGACCUUGAAAAGAGAACAAGAAAAUGAUAAACCAAACCUAGAACUUUUGGAAUAUACUAUGCAGCAGAAGCAGUCUCAAAUUCUGGAGAUGCAAGUGGAGCUCAGCAAUAUGAAAGACAAAGCAAGUGAACUUCAAGAACACCUGAGUUCAGAAAAAAUGGUAGUUGCUGAGCUAAAAAAUGAAAUUGCACAAACGGAAUUGGAACUUGAAACAACACUCAAGGCACAGCAUAAGCAUCUAAAGGAACUAGAAGCAUUCAGAUUGGCAGUAAAAGACGAGACAGAUGAACUACGUUUGCUUAAUGAUAUACUAGCAAGUGAACAGAAAAAAUCAAGAGAGCUCCAGUGGGCCUUAGAGAAGGAAAAAGCCAAAUUGGGACGCAGUGAAGAGAGAGAUAAAGAACAACUUGAGCCUACCUUAGUAUUACCAGGUACUUCUGGGUGUUCAUUGACUGAAAGACUACUCAGACAAAAUACUGAACUGACAGGACAUAUCAGCCAACUGACUGAAGAAAAGAAUAAUUUGAGGAAUGUAGUCGUGAAGAUGGAAGAGCAGUUGAGGCGCUGUCAACAGACAGGAACUGGUGGAGAUUAUUCUUCUAGGUUUUUAUUCUGUGGUGAUGCCAACCUUGAAGCCAUUAUUGCUUCUGAAGAAGAAAUAUGGAUCAUGGAAAAAUCAGCUCUUCAGAAAACCUUAAAAAAAACGGAAGCUGAAGUAUAUAAACUGAAAGCUGAACUGAGAAAUGACACUUUACUUCAGAAUCUGAACUCUGAUUCUGAAAAUACCUCACUAAAGAGGACUUAUGGUCAAUACUUGAGGGCAGAAAGUUUUCGUAAACCUCUCAUUUAUCAUAAGAAAUACCUGCUGCAAUUAUUGGGCGAAUUCCAAGAAUGUGAGGAUGCCACCAUAACGCUCCUUGCCUGGAUGCGGGGUCAGCCAGCCUUCACCAAUCUGGAGUUCAUCAGCCGCCCAAAGGGCUUAGCCAGAUUUCGUUCAGCUGUCAGAGCGUCCAUUGCAAUUUCACGAAUGAAAAUUUUGGUUCAACGGUGGCAGCAAGUCACAGAUUCUAGUUCCACCAAUGUUAACAGGGAUGGCUUUGAACUGAAUCCAGGUGCUGAAAAGACUGACCCAUUUUAUCAUUCUUCUGGUGAACUAGAGCUAGAUGGAGAACCAAGACAUACAACAUACCGCUCAAGAUCAGAUCUGGAUUCUCCUAGGUGCCUUUUACCGUUUCAAAAUAGGUCCCCAGGCACCCUAGCUGAUUUAAAUCCUGGUUCCACAGCGUGCUCUCACCUUCAGAAUUAUGAUCCUGAUAGAGCCCUGGCAGAUUAUAUCACUCGGCUAGAGGCACUACAAAGAAGACUUGGAACUGUACAGACAGGUUCAACUACUACAUUUCAUAGUGGUAUGAGAAGAUAAUACUUUAAAAACAUCAAAAGUUGAAGUGAUUUUAAACAAAUUCUCUUUUGUAAAUCGAAGAUUCUUUUGUGCUUUUAUAUUGUGAAUAUUUAAUGGGACCAAAACAAACACAGCUUAUGAUUGUAUCAGAUCUCUUGCACAUGAAAACAAACUGGAAUUUGUACAUACAAGCAUUGUGUAUGUAUUCAUGCACAGUGAUCACUAAAUUACAUGUAUAUUUGCAGAAUGUUAAUUUAAAUGAUUAAAUUAUAAACCUUGUGUAUUUAUCAAAUGGGUGAAAAGAUUAAACUUUUGCCAAUAUGAUACUGCUGAAUGUGUAGCUUGCAGUGUCCUGCACUUUCCAUUUAAGGCUACUGAAAUUACAUGUUUCUGCCUAAUAUAUUUGCUACUGGUGAUGAAGACAGAAGAUAUCACUUGUAGACACCUAUUUUUGUAUAAUGGUAGAAGUUUUGAAUUUUAUGGGGUAUUUUGUCAAAGCACUGAAAAUAAAAAUGACUUCACCAUUUUCACCACA